GCAACGUCCUAUGGCUCCGGCGGCGGGAAAGCCGUCGCAAUACCCAGCGGUCAGCUCUUCGCAGGACGUCAGGCAGGCGGAGGUACGCGCGAUCAGGUCCCUGGGACUUCGGUGUAUGGGAGUGGGUAUCCUGGGGUUGCGGGUAGAGGUGUCGCGGGCAGAGGUUUUCCAUUUUAUUUUUGGCCGAUUGUAUGGGGCGGAGGCACCGGCGUCGGGACGGCUGCAUAUCUGCAUGACCAGGAUGAGUAUGGUCGGCCGGAGAACUCUUCCCGUCCGGGAGGCGUCAUGACUCAGGCUCUGAUCACUUCAAAUUCCUCGACGACAUCAUCAGGAAACAUCACGACUUUCCAUCUCCUCGCAGACAACUCGACACUCUCCUCCCUCCUCACCUCCCUCCAAUCCAACUGCUCAUCAUUCUACAACUCCUCCCUCACCUCCACACAACCACAAACCUACUUCGGCAACGACACCUCCGACCCGCAACCCGAACAGGCUAUCCAGUACUUUAGGGCCAGCAGCGUGGUGUUGACGUUGGAUGGGUAUAACGAUACGGCGGCACUGAGUAGUGAUGAGAAUGCGACGCAGACGAGUUUGCCGAGUAAUGUGGAUGCGACGUUGUUGGAGUGUUUGAACGAUACGGUCGCGUUGGCGGUACCGCUU